GCCGUAAACGCCAACAACACAUAACAACGUUGUCUGGGUUCCGAGAAUAGAGAUAUUUUUCUUUUCUAGGUCAAAAUUCUUUCAUCUCCAAAACGCCUUUAAUCUCACCAGAGAUUUGACGCAACAAGAGUAGGUGACAUGGGUUGGAGGCGUUUGAUAACACAGAUCGAAAAACAUGAAUCAGAAUUCGCAAAAGUCAAAGAUUUAUUGACUAGAAGCUAUUUACAUCGAAAUAGUAAAGCUGAAAUCUUCUCCCAAAAGAGAUCCAGUUCCAGCUAUAACCUAGCGAGACGACUACGCGAUCUCGAUUCAUCUGAAGAUCCUGAAGCUGUGAUCAGAACUUUUGAAACUCAACCGUCACUGCAAACAAACCCUACGGCACUCUCUGAGUAUGUCAAAGCGUUAGUAAAAGUUGAUAGACUGGAUGAAAGUGAAUUGUUCAAGACUCUGCGAAGAGGUAUGUUGUCUAAUUCAGGUGCAGAUCUGGAAGAUAGUAGUAAAAUGGGUGGAUUUUUUGCGGUUAGAAAUGUUGGAAAAUCAACGAAAGAUGAAAUUCUUGGGACGAAAAAUUCUCCUAUUCAUAUGGUUGGUGCAUCUGAAGGUGGAAGUUUUAAAGAACAAGUGUGGCGUACAAUUAGGUCUGUUGCAGUGGCUUUUCUGGUGAUUUCUGGUGUGGGAGCAUUGAUUGAGGAUAAAGGUAUUAGUAAAGGACUUGGUGGUAUGAAUGAAGAAGUGUUGCCUAGUGUUGAAACAAGUACUAAAUUUGAUGAUGUUAAAGGUGUGGAUGAGGCUAAGGCUGAACUUGAAGAAAUUGUUCAUUAUUUAAGGAAUCCUAAGCGGUUUACUCGGCUUGGUGGGAAGCUUCCUAAAGGUGUUUUGCUUGUUGGUCCGCCUGGUACUGGUAAGACGAUGUUGGCCAGAGCUAUUGCUGGUGAGGCUGGUGUUCCUUUCUUUUCGUGUAGUGGAAGUGAAUUUGAAGAGAUGUUUGUUGGUGUUGGUGCCAAAAGGGUUAGGGAUCUUUUUUCAGCUGCGAAAAAGAGUUCGCCUUGUAUAAUUUUCAUUGAUGAGAUUGAUGCUAUUGGUGGGAGUCGAAAUCCCAAGGAUCAAACUUAUAUGAAGAUGACUUUGAAUCAGUUGCUUGUUGAGUUGGAUGGAUUUAAGCAAAAUGAAGGGAUAAUUGUGAUUGGUGCCACUAAUUUUCCUGAGUCUUUAGAUAAGGCUUUGGUGAGACCUGGGCGAUUUGAUAGCCGUGUUGUUGUUCCCAAUCCUGAUGUUGAAGGACGGAGACAGAUUUUGGAAUCUCAUAUGUCGAAGGUUUUGAAAUCGGAGGAUGUUGAUUUGAUGAUCAUUGCUAGGUGUACACCGGGGUUCUCUGGUGCUGACCUUGCAAAUUUGGUUAAUGUUGCUGCUAUUAGGGCUGCAAUGGACGGUGCCAAAUCGGUGAGCAUGAAUGAUUUAGAGUUUGCACGGGACAAGAUUAUAAUGGGAAGUGAACGCAAGUCGGCUGUUAUAUCCGACGAGUCGAGAAAGACUACUGCUUACCAUGAGGGUGGUCAUGCCUUAGUGGCGAUUCAUACUGAUGGUGCACUUCCUGUUCACAAGGCAACUAUAGUUCCUCGUGGAAUGGCGCUGGGCAUGGUUUCUCAACUGCCUGACAAGGAUCAAACUAGUGCCUCGCGUAAACAGAUGCUUGCUAGGCUUGAUGUUUGUAUGGGAGGUAGAGUUGCUGAAGAGCUCAUUUUUGGAGAAAGUGAAAUUACUUCUGGUGCAUCCUCAGAUCUUUCACAGGCCACUACUUUAGCUAGGGAAAUGGUAACUAAAUAUGGUAUGAGUACUGAAGUUGGACCUGUCACUCACAAUUACUAUGAUAAUGGGAGAAGUAUGAGCUCAGAGACUAGGUUGCUUAUUGAGAAAGAAGUGAAGAACUUGCUUCAGAGAGCUUACAACAAUGCAAAAACUAUUCUAACAACCCAUGAAAAGGAGCUUCAUGCGCUUGCGAAUGCACUUCUAGAGCACGAGACACUUACAGGAAGUCAGAUAAAGGAUUUAAUUGAGAAGGGCGAAUACCAACCGCAGCAACCGUCACAUAAAGUUGAAGCUCAGGAGAGUUCACAGUCCAGUACAGCAACUGCAGCAGCAAGUCCGCAGCCAUUGUAGCUUCUGCUAAGAAGACUAGAAAUACAUGCUACUAUAUCAUCACUACAGGAUCAAUAUGUUCAGACAGUAAUUUGUUCUGUGUGUUUUUGUGGUUUCAGUACAUGGUCAAGUUGACCCGAUAUUUUAGUGAGUUGAAACAUCUUGUGGGACGUUCCAUUGAUUUGCUUUAAUAAUCAUCUAGUUACUUUUAUAUAGGAUUUUCAUCUGUCAAAGCUGUAAUAAUAUACUUACCUUCUCCAAA